AUGGGAGACGCAGAGGGCCUUUCAUCGGCCUCAAGUAAGACCAAAUUGAGACCACAUCCAUUUGAUCCUUUGCGGCCUGAAGAGAUCAGCAAUGCCGCCGACAUUACUCGCAAAUCAAGAGAGAAUGAGAAAGUAUUCUUCAGAGCUAUUUCACUCGCGGAACCCCCAAAAAAACAGAUGGCACUAUUUGUUGAAGAAGAGAAUUCUGGCACCCAGGCUCUAACAUACCCCACGAGGCGUGCAAGAGUCCAGGCUUACCUGGAUAAAACAUUGCACGAACUUAUCAUCGACCUUGACAGCGCGACAAUCGUAUCCGACACCCCUCUGCAAGGACGACACUCGUACAUCGACACCGACUUUAUGGCUCAGGUUGCAGCAGCUUGUCUUGCUGACACAAUGGUUCAAGAAGAGAUCAAAACUCUCAAGUUGCCAGAGGGAGCAACGGUAGUGGUUGAGCCUUGGGCUUAUGCGACUGACGGCAUGAAAGACAUGACCGAUAGGUGGACCAUGGCUUGGUUUUAUAUGCGCCUUUCAGACAACCCCGAUGCAAACUACUACGCCUACCCGCUUGACAUAUGCGCUGAAGUCUCCAACUCCCUUGAGGUGGUUAAAAUCUACCGUUUGCCAUCGGAAGAGUCUGACAAAAUUCACGAAGAAAAGCUGGAAUUCGAUCGACGCAAAAUUCAUACGGACAGCGAAUAUCACCCAGACUUUGUGAAGGAGCGUAGAACCACUACCAAGCCGUAUCAUGUUUCUCAGCCUGAAGGGCCAUCAUUUAACAUCGACGGAAAUCAUGUUUCCUGGGAAAAGUGGACGAUGCGAGUUGGUUUCAAUUACCGGGAGGGCAUGACCCUUCAUGAUGUUCGCUUUGAAGGCCGCAGCUUAUUCUACCGUCUAUCUCUGUCGGAAAUGUUUGUCCCGUAUGGGGACCCACGAUGCCCAUACCCACGAAAAGCAGCCUUUGAUCUAGGCAACGAUGGCGCAGGUAUCAACGCCAACAACCUCAAACUAGGCUGCGACUGUCUCGGCCACAUCAAAUACUUUGAUGGAUGGUUGAGCACAUCAUCCGGUGAGCCUCUUAAGAUGCCCAAUGUCAUUUGCUGCCACGAGAUCGACGAUGGGAUUCUAUGGAAGCACACGAACUUCCGAACAGGCAACGCUGUUGUUACUAGGUCUCGCGUACUUGUGCUUCAAACUAUCAUUACCGUCAGCAACUAUGAGUACAUCUUUCUCUUCUACUUUCAACAAGACGGUUCCAUAUUUUACGAGGUUCGAGCGACAGGAAUUAUGUCAACAGCACCCAUUGACAUCGGUGAAAAAGUACCCUGGGGCACAAUUAUUGCUCCAGGUGUUCUGGCACCGUAUCACCAGCAUAUUUUCUGUCUGCGAAUAGAUCCCGCGGUUGACGGCCACAGUAAUUCCCUAGUAACUGAGGAAUCUCACCCAAUACAGUACAAAGGAGAAUCAGACGCCUACAAUCCUUUUGGAGUUGGAUACACUACAAAGACGGAGUUCAUCCAACGGGAGACUGGCCUCGACCUGGAUUUCAACACCAAUCGAACCUUCAAGAUUGUCAAUGAGAAUGUCAUAAACCCAACUACAGGGACUCCCGUGGGCUUCAAACUCUUGCCACACUACAGCCAACUGUUGCUGGCUCAACCAAAUUCAUGGCACGGGAAACGUUCUGAGUACACGUCACACGCCGUUUGGGUCACACGCUACCACGACGAAGAGUUGUUUCCUGCCGGCAAAUUCACUAUGCAGUCGUCCGGUGGUGAAGGUAUUGCAUCUUGGAUUCAGCAGCGAGCGACAAGAGGCUCGUCUUCAGUUCGGAAUGAGGAUAUUGUUGUAUGGCACACCUUUGGCUCUACGCACAACCCCCGUAUCGAGGAUUGGCCGGUCAUGCCUUGCGAGAAGAUGGUUGUAGGGCUGAAACCUGUCAAUUUCUUUCGAAAGAAUCCAGCCCUCGACGUCCCAAUCUCGACGCAGGAUAAGAAUCGUAGUGUACUAGUUCACGGAGAAAAGUGA